AUGGGCGAUCAAUCCCGCCGAGGCGAUCAUCUGUCAAGACUACUUCAUGCUUUCGUGGUAGGCAAACGACGGUCAGACUCAAUCAACGAUGUAAAAUUGUUCAUUCAGGCCAUCUGCAAUCAAGAUGACCACGCGGCAUGUAUCGAGAAAGUGGGAUGCAGCAAAGUCGCGCUGGAGUCCCUCAGACAGGGUCUACGAUUCGAUGUAUCGAUCACUUUCAUCAACGGUCCACUGCAGGACCUUCUCUCCUACAUUUCUGCACCAGCGGUCAAGCGUCUUUGCAACGGCGAGUUUCUCAAGCGACUAUUGAAAAUGGUGGUUUCACCCCCUACCAUCUGGGACGCCAUGGUCACCGCACAACACAAAAGGCAGCUCUCUCCGGCGACCGAGUUGAGCUUUGCUUGGGUCUUGUUGGAAGUAUUGUGUUGGUCAGACGAGUCGCCGACAGACACCGCAGAUGUUGCUCGCAGCGUCACAGAAAGCAAGACGUUUAUCGACUCUGACAACCGAGAGCUGCGCACUCUUGGAUACCGCCUCGAUCACGUCAUGCGAGCAAAGACAGCCGAUCAUGAAAUAAAUACGGCCGGCCCAGGUGGGCGUCACGAUAAUGACUUCUCAUCUCAUCGCCAGAUUGCAAUCUACCCGACCGAAGAUGAGCUCUCCAGCAAAGAUCGCCCCUUUUACAGUCCAGCUGCCGCUCUGCGAAACCAGCCCGUGGAGAAUCGGGUGGGAUUCCACCUUGACAACCAAUUUCGUUUACUCCGAGAAGACUUUCUUGCAGAGCUGCGCGAUGGCCGUGAGACUGCAGCGUCGGGCAAAAAGAGACGUACCUUACUGGAAGGCCUCCAGUUGGACGGGUCGCAUUGCGGAGGAGUCAGGAAAAGAUCGCCCUUUGCAGUGACGGUGAGCGUGAAGAAAGGUCUCGGUGGUCUGACCAACGUUGCAGAGACCGGGCGACGCGCCUUCCUCAGGGAUACCCCCAGCUACUUGAAGCACAAUUCCUUCGGACAAUUCAUUGAUAAAGGACGAGUCAUCGCCUUUGGAUUCCUCCUGAGAGUGGAGGACCUGCUUGUGCAGGACCCGCCGGUGGUCACCAUCCAGGCUCCAGGAACUGGAGAUCUAGGAAAAGUGCUUUUGGCUCUCAAGAUGUCCGACGCAGUUGCGUUUCAACUGAUUGACAACGCGGUCUUUGCAUAUGAGCCAGUUUUGCGAUGUCUACAGGACAUGGUCGAGCUGCCUCUAUCAGAUCAGCUUUUGGGCGAUACUUUGCGAGAGCCACAAUUGCACGAUUCAACGACUCUACAUCACCUUGCGGAUCAGAUUGAGGAUGUUCGUGGAGCAGAUCUCAAGUCGAUUUUGAACCUACCCAAGAAGAUUCAGCUCGACGACUCACAGACUACAUCGCUGCUUUCAGGACUUCGUCAGUCUGUUAGUCUGAUUCAGGGUCCUCCCGGUACCGGAAAGUCUUUCAUUGGCGCUCUGCUUGCGAAAGCUAUUCAUGAACAUACCAGCGAGAGAAUAUUGGUCAUUUGCUACACCAACCAUGCCCUGGACCAGUACUUGGAGGAGCUCCUUGACAUCGGUAUCCCGUCCGAGAGUAUGGUUCGACUCGGAGCCAAGUCUACCCCAAAAACACAACAUCUGGGCCUUCGUGGGCAACCUCGCCACCGAAGCAACGAGAAUUGGAAUGCAAUCAAUCAGCUUGAAGCUGAGACCAACGAGCAAGUAACCACUUUGCAAUCGCUCGUGGAAUCUUAUGUGAAGCUUCGUGACUCACAAAGCGACUUGAUGGUGCAUCUAGAGUUCUCUGAAGAUGAUGCUCCAUUCUUUGAAGCAUUUCAGCUGCCGGAGACGGAGGAUGGAAUGACCCUGGUCGGGGAAAAGGGCAAAGCCGUCGGAGAGUUCUAUUUGAUGGACCGAUGGAUGAGAGGUGAUGAUGCUGGUGUCUUCGCCACGCAGCUGUCUUCCGAUCAUWCUGAGAUUUGGAGGAUGACAAAGCCGGCUCGCGAGGAGAAAGUCAAGGCGUGGCUACUGGAUAUGCUUUCAGAAGCUGUUGACAAUGUCGCAAGCAAAGCUGCAGCUUACGACGCAAGCCAGGCCACGUUACACGAAACGUUGAACCAGUGGGAUGCCGAGUUUAUCCAGAAGAAGCGCAUUGUAGCAUGCACCACCACAGCGGCAGCCAAAUACUCUGGACAGCUUCGGAGCGCAGCGCCCGGUAUCAUCUUGGUAGAGGAAGCUGGGGAGAUCCUCGAGAGUCACGUCCUUGCAGCAAUGACACCAAGCACACGACAGCUGAUCCUGAUUGGUGAUCAUCAGCAAUUGCGGCCCAAAGUCAACAACUACAGCUUGACAGUUGAAAAGGGCGAUGGCUAUGAUCUGAACAGGUCUUUGUUUGAGAGACUUGUUCUUGCUGGGGUUCCUCAUGCGAAACUGCGGCAGCAACAUCGAAUGUGUCCGGAGAUUUCUUCUCUUGUCCGAGAACUCACAUAUCCUGACCUCAUCGAUGCUCCGUCGACCCUCACGCGCGAACCAAUGCGCGGAAUCCGCAGCAGAGUUGUUUUCAUCAAGCACGAGAAGCUUGAGCUUGCAUCCACCAUAACCGACAGACGAGAGGAAGGAGCGCCUAUCAGCAAGCAAAAUGACUACGAGGCCGCCCUCACGCUGAAAGUUGUCAAAUACAUGGCUCAACAGGGCUAUGGUACUUCACAACAAGUGGUUCUAACCCCCUACUUGGGUYAACUGAGCCUUCUUCGACGCGAACUUGCACGUGAUAAUGAUCCUGUACUCAACGACAUUGACUCUUUCGAUCUCAUCAAGGCUGGGGCACUCUCACCGGCGAGUGCUUCUCAGACCAAGCAGCCAAUCAAGCUGUCGACCAUCGACAAUUACCAAGGCGAUGAAAGCGAUGUGGUCAUUGUAUCUUUGACACGCAGCAAUGCCAAUGGCGAUAUCGGCUUCAUGGUUUCUCCUGAGCGUCUGAACGUUUUGCUCUCUCGAGCACGGAAAGCGCUGAUCAUAAUAGGCAACCCGGCAACAUUUCUCGCGAGUCGAAGAGGCGGCGAUAUGUGGAAGUCUUUCUUUGCUAUGUUGGCCGCGAAAGAUCAACUGUACGACGGUCUUCCUGUGAAAUGCGAGCAGCAUCCAGAUCGGCAGAUGGUGUUGGAAACACCUGCUGACUUUACACUGUACUGUCCCGACGGUGGAUGUUCAGCUCCAUGUGGUGUCCAACUUUGCGUGCGCAAAGUCAGCGACAAGUGUCCACGGGAACAUGUCCUAGCGAGGAGAUGUUGCGAUGGUCAUCCCGCUUCUUGCCGUAUCUGCGAUGCAGAGGAUCGAGUUCUGGCUGAACAACACGCACUGGAAUUUGACCUGGAACAAGCACGUCAAGCAAGACAGCGCGAUUAUGCUGCGAAGCUGGCAACUGUGCAGGCGGAGAUAGAUCGCCACAGGCGUGACUGCCAGGCCAUUCGUGAUGAAGAAGAUCAAGAAGCGACUCUCCAGCAACGGCUUGCUGAUCUGGAGGCUGCAAAGUCCCACGCUUUGCAGCAKAAAGAUCUACGAAAUGCUGCUGUUGCGAAGAGCACACCAGACCCAGAGCAGGGUGAUGUCCAUGGCUCAUCUCAUCAUCCCGUAGCGGCUUCCAUCGCGGUAUCUGGCAGUGGUCUCAAGGCUCAAGCUGACUGGGAAAGUCAAAAAUCUUUGGAUGGUGCAAAAAAUGUCUAUCUUGAUGAGUUGAUGGGUAUGAUUGGGCUUGAGAGCGUGAAAGACCAAUUCCUCGACAUCAAAUCAAAGAUCGACCUGGCGAUUCGACAGAACAUCAGCAUGACAAAAGAGCGCUUUGGUGCAGCACUCUUGGGCAAUCCGGGCACCGGUAAGACGACAGUGGCUCGCAUUUAUGCCAGUUUCCUCUUCAGUGUAGGCGCCCUCCCAGGGAAUCACUUUKAAGAGAUCACAGGAGCCAGCUUGGCCAGCAAUGGUGUUCAGGGCUGCAAGAAGCUGAUUGACGGCAUCAAGAACAAAGGUGGUGGUGCUCUUUUCAUCGACGAAGCCUAUCAGCUGACCUCUGGAGCCAGUCCCGGCGGCGCUGCUGUAUUGGACUUUCUCUUGCCAGAGGUUGAAAAUCUUACUGGCAAAGUGGUUUUUAUUCUCGCUGGCUACAACAAGCAGAUGGAGAAGUUCUUCGCGCACAACCCAGGAUUACCCAGCCGGUUUCCCUCUCAGCUACAAUUCGCCGACUACGAAGAUGCCGAACUGCUUGAGAUCAUGAACUACAACAUCAGAAAACGCUAUGACGGUCGUAUGAGUAUCGAGGACGGUUCCCACGGCCUCUACGCGCGAAUCGUGGCCCGAAGACUUGGUCGCGGGCGUGGCAAGGAAGGUUUUGGCAAUGCUCGGGCUGUGGAGAAUGCGGUUUCAAAAAUGGCUUCCCGUCAAGCAAGACGGGUCCGAAAACAGAGGCAGUCUGGUCUACUCCCGGACGACUUCCUCCUCACCAAAGAAGAUCUUAUUGGUCCAGAGCCGUCUGCUACAUUAGUUGGAAAUCAGUCUUGGGUCAAGCUUCAAAAGAUGGUCGGACUGCAAUCAGUCAAAGACUCCAUCAAGGCGCUUCUUGACAGCAUACAGUUCAAUUAUGAACGUGAGCUGAAUGAGGAACCCUUGAUUGAGUUUAGCCUCAACAAGGUUUUUCUUGGCAAUCCAGGCACAGGCAAGACGAGUGUCGGUAAGCUCUACGCGAAGAUUCUUGGUGACUUGGGAUUGUUGUCAAGCGGGGAAGUUGUUGUCAAGAAGCCAGCAGAUUUCGUUGGCAGUGUGAUUGGCGCUUCAGAGGCAAACACCAAAGGCAUUUUGGAUGCCGCCGUCGGCAAAGUUUUGCUCAUUGACGAAGCAUAUGGUCUUUGCGCCGGCGGUCAACAUGGAUCCUCUGAUAUCUACCGCAUCGCUGUGAUCGACACCAUCGUCGCGGAGAUACAGAGCGUGCCCGGAGACGACCGCUGCGUGCUACUUCUUGGCUAUAAGGAGCAGAUGGAACACAUGAUGCAGACCGUCAAUCCUGGGCUUGCUCGCAGAUUUCCGAUCGAUUCUGGAUUCAGCUUUGCGGACUUUACCGAAGCAGAAAUGGCUGUUAUCCUGGACAUGAAGCUCGGUGAGAUUGCUUUCAAAGUGACACCCCGCGCGAGAACCGUUGCGUUGGAGAUGCUGCGUAGAGCACGCAACCGUCCACACUUUGGGAAUGCAGGGGAGGUCGAUAUUCUCCUCAACGACGCAAAGAUGCGACAUCAGCAGCGUCUCGCGAAGCAGCCGAACGUGGCGAGAGACACGUUUGAGGCUCAAGACUUUGAUCCUGACUUCAGUCGAGGAGAAAAAGCAGGCACGAACAUUGCCAUGCUCUUCAAGGACACCGUCGGCUGUGAGAGCAUCAUCAAGCAACUUCAAGAUUACCAGACCACAGUGUCCAACAUGAAAGAGCUUGACAUGGACCCUCGCGACCAGAUCCCGUUCACUUUUCUCUUCAGGGGACCUCCCGGCACAGGAAAGACGACGACGGCUCGGAAGAUGGGCAAAGUGUACUACGACAUGGGAUUCCUCUCCUCCGCAGAAGUCGUGACGUGUUCGGCAUCUGACUUGGUGGGGGAAUACGUGGGUCACACCGGGCCCAAAACACGUAAACUCAUCGAAUCUGCUCUGGGGAAAGUGUUGUUCAUCGACGAGGCUUACAGGCUCUCCACCGGACAAUUUGCAAAAGAAGCCAUGGACGAGCUUGUCGAUUGCAUUACCAACGAGCGAUUCUUCGAGAAGCUCAUCAUCAUCCUGGCUGGCUACGACGCGGAUAUCAACAACCUCAUGUCGAAGAAUCCGGGCCUGUCAUCUCGUUUCCCGACCACCAUGGUCUUCACCCCCUUCCAGCCGCGUGAUUGCUUGGAUUUGCUAACCAAGACACUUGGGGAGAAGAGGGUUGGAAAGACAAAGCACCUCAACAUUUCCAUUCUACGAGAAGCCUCCACGCAAUUCGAAGCCACUGUUCUGAGCCGCUUCUCCACAUUAGCAGCUUUGGACAGUUUUGCAAAUGCUCGAGAUGUCCAGACCAUCACCAAGAACAUCUUUGGAGGCCUGAUGAAGCGCGUACACGCCAAGAAAGAAGAGCCCGUGCUUGAGGAGAGGAAUGUCAUUGAAGCCUUGGACAGGGAAAUCGCCGAGCGGUCCCGGAGAGCGGCUGAUGCGGCAGCGGCAGUAGCUGGAGCGAUCAACGAUGCUUCCAGCACGCCUUUACCCUAUCGAGCUCCUGAAACUUCACAUGCUACUUCCACUGGUAUCAUAGCCGAGCAAGAUCUCGCCAAGGAGCCCGAAUCAGAACCCGAAUCGAGGUCGCAGGACGAAUCAGACCCACCACCACCACCAUCUGUCCCCUCCUCUCCCUCCUCCUCCAAGAGAGAUGCCGGAGUAAGCGACGCCAUCUGGCAUCAACUCCAAUCCGACAUUCUCCAAGCGCAGCAAGAAGAAGAAGAAGCUUUUCAACACCUCCAAGCCAAAGAGCAAAAAUUGCGAGAAUGGUUGAAAUCCUGCGCCGAUGCGAAAGUUUUACAGGAAUUGGAGGAAUUGGAAACUGCGAGGAAAGUUAUGGAGGAAGAGAGGCGCAAAAUCACGCUGGCGCAGGUGAAAUUGAAGGAGAUGGGAAGAUGUCCUAUGGGUUAUGCUUGGGUGAGACAGAAGGGUGGGUUUCGAUGUAAGGGGGGUUCGCAUUGGGUUGCUGGGAAUUUGGUGUGA